AUGGCAGGAGGUAGGAACGAUCGUGCAAUCGCUGAUGCUCUACAAGCGAUGGCUCAGGCUCUUGGUAAUUUGAACCAACGACCAGAUAUAGAUUGGUUGGAGAGAUUCCAGCGAAAUAAUCCACCUAGCUUCCGUGGGGGUCAUAAUCCUGAUGGAGCUGCUGACUGGAUAUUUGAGAAUGAAAAGAUAUUCCAAGCUAUGGGAUGUCCUCUGGUGCAGAAGGUGACUUUGGCUGCCUUCAUGCUUUCUGGAGAGGCUGACAUCUGGUGGCAAGGUGCUUUGCAAAGAAUGAUAGCUCAAGGAAAGGAUUCUGUGGCUGAGUAUGUGACUAAGUUUGAAGACUUGGUUAAAUUUUGUCCUAUGUAUGAUGGUGUGGGCAAUGAGGAGGACAAAUGUGUGAAGUUUGUGAGUGGUCUUCGCCCUGAGAUAAAACAAGUUUUCAAUUAUCAAGGGAUCACUCAAUAUCAUGAACUAGUGAACAAGUGCCGAGUCUAUGAUGAGGACAAUCGUGCUAGAGUAACUCAUUAUAAGAGAGGAGGACCCAUGAGGAAUCAUAAUAAGUUUGGGUCAUCUAGUAAAGGUAAACCUUACACCAAGUCUGUUGGGGAUUCAAGUUCUAAAGUGAAUAACCAAGGUUCAGUGCAACAAAGGAGUCAAGCUUCAAUGGCUAGUCAAACUUCUAAAGGGGGAAGUGUGGGUUCUGUUCCACACAACAACUGCUUCAAAUGUGGAGAGCCAGGUCAUAGGGCAUAUGAGUGUCAGGCAUCAAAAGUAAUAACAUGUUUUAAUUGUCAAGAGAAAGGACACAAAGCUCGUGAAUGCCCUAAGAACAAGAAAGGAACAACGGAAGUUGGAGGGAGUGCUAGCAAACCUAGGGCGAUGGGAAGGGUGUUUGCCUUGAGUGGUGCUGAAGCUACUCAAUCAAAAGACUUAAUCCAGG